AUGAAGUCAACAGUCGUCCGCCAGUGUGGGCUCAUGGAGCACUUCUCAACCUCGAGACACAAUCUAGGUUUCUACCGGGGCAUCGCGAAUUCAUGCCAGUAUGUACUCUCAAGGGAGGCGUUGCGGGGCCGCCCGAUCCGAGAGGUUAUAGAGCAGGCAGUGGCACGACUGGUCCUUCGUCUUGGCGGAUUGAGAGUCGGCAUCACUGGCGAGGAUACAACCAAGGCAUGCUUCGUGAGCGUGCCGUCCAUGGACCUGCACGAUUUCGUGGAGUGGAGGACCGUGGCGACGACGAACCCAGCGCAGCAUGACGAGCAAGUCCUGCAGGCCAUCAAGAGCAGGCUGGAACAGCUCUGGCCUGACAUUGCGAACCGCCCGCCCUGGAAGCUACUUGUCGUUCAGGACGAGGCAGGCGGAACACCUGAGGACGUCGUUCUCGACCUGGUCUUCGCAAAUCACCAUGCGCUUGCAGAUGGAAAGAGCACAACGGUCUUCCACAGGGAGCUCCUUAGGGAGCUGAACACAACUUCCGACGGCCCACCGCCGGAGCUGAAGGACCACAUUCUCACUUUUGACGCACAGGCACCCCUUAUCCUCGCACCCAGCCAGGAAGACCUCGUGGACCUCAAAAUCUCCUGGUCCUACUUUCUCAAAACCCUCUGGGAUGCAUUCGGUCCGCUGUGGCUGAAAUCCACGCCACCACCCGCCCCCUGGACUGGAAAGCCAGUGGCUAUCGAGCCCAACACGCUCCACCUCCGCCUGGUCACCAUCAACCCUCCGACCGUCCGCCGUCUCAUCGUCGCAUGCAGAGCCCACGGGACCACCCUGAGCGGCAUCCUGCACAUUCUCACACUGGCUGCCAUGGUUAAGCGAGUCCCUGCACAUGUCGCCUCGUCCUUCGCAGGAGAGACGGCUAUUAGUCUCCUGCCCUGGGCGAGGCGGCCUCCUGGCGUCAACAUGGACCUGACGGGGGUCUUGACAGAUCUCAACACGGGGACCAACAGCGUGUGGGACGCCGUUACAGUGAGCAAGCUACGGGCAGGCUUGGGCCGGCGCGGCGACGAGAACGAUAUUGCCGAGGAUUCGCUUCUCUGGCCGCUGGCCGCGGCGUGGCGCAAUGAGAUCAAGGCCAAGGUCGCCACUCUGCCCAACGACGACGUUGUCGGGAUGAUGCAAUACGUUGGCGAUUUCAACAAAUGGUGGCUGGAAAAGAUCGGAAAGGCUAGGUCGGGCACGUGGGCCCUUUCUAAUAUCGGGACGAUCAAGGGCAGUAUUGGUGAGGACCGUGGGGGCUGGCACAUCACGAGGGCGCUCUUCACACAGCCUGUCCACGUUGCUGGACCGGCCUUUAACGUGAACGUCGUCGGGGUGGAGGAUGGACCUGUGAGUGCUGUGUUUAGUUGGCAGGAUGGUGCCAUCGAGACGACAACCAUGGACGAGGUCAUGGCGGAUAUGCACGAGUGGCUCGAUACAUUUGAGAAGGAUGGCAAAUUUGGCAUUUUUACUGGCGCAAGGUAG